GGGCGCAGGGGCCCUGAGGAAGAGCCCUGUGAGGGGGGCGGGUCUGCCGCGCCCUCUUUGCCCCCGAGGUCGAUGCUGUGGGGCUUCUGUCUCGCCGGGCCGUGGCUCCGCGGUGGUCCUGCUGGCCUUAGAACAAAGGCACCGCCCGCGGGUCAGGCCGAGGGAGGCGCGGAGCCCGGCCGCGGGCUUGACACUUGGAGGUCUGGAGCAGAACAGUCAUCACAAGAUUUUUUUUUCCUAGUCACCUAUGAAGCUCCUGAUUUUGAAGUUGCGCUUCUGCAAUGAAGAAAAGGAGACAGCUCGCUGCAAAUCUAAACGAGAAAGUUCAUCUUGGCCAUGAGAAAGAUACUUCAGAACAAAUUCUUGUAGUAGACUGUGCACAAGAAAUUGUCUCAAAGUCUGCAGAAAUAGCCCCUGCAGAUCAGCUUGAAUCUUCCCAAGAACUUUCACCAUCAUCAGAGCAAAGAAAGCUCCUAAGCUCUUUGCAGUAUAACAAAAAUCUACUUAAAUACUUAAAUGAUGACAGACAAAAGCAUCCAUCAUUUUGUGAUUUACUCAUAAUUGUAGAAGGAAAAGAAUUUAGUGCUCACAAAGUUGUAGUGGCUGUUGGGAGUAGUUAUUUCCAUGCCUGUUUGAGCAAAAAUCCAAGCACCGAUGUUGUCACAUUAGAUCACGUAACUCACUCAGUCUUUCAGCAUUUGCUUGAGUUUCUCUACACCUCUGAGUUUUUUGUGUAUAAGAAUGAAAUUCCGUUAGUUCUGGAAGCAGCAAAAUUUUUAGAUAUCAUAGAUGCAGUGAAGUUACUAAAUAACGAAACUGUUUCUAAUGUACAGACUGAUGUAACUGAUGUGCCUACACCCGUGGAAACACUCAGUGAACUGACAGGCAAACUCUUAAAUAGUCAUCAGUGUACUUUCUGUGAUCGAAGUUUCUGUUACAAGAAAGCCUUAGAAAAUCAUUUGGCAAAAGCCCACAGAGCUCUUUCUCUGGAAAGAAAACAUGGGUUAAAGAUGGUUGAGAAGGCUAACUUUUCCACUAGGCGCUCUACAAGGAACCGUAAGUGUCCAGCUAAAUUUGAUAACAGUGACAAUGAAAGCGGUGGUGUCUCUGACAGCAAUUUGGAAAAAAUCAGUUCUGACAAGGAAACAUCUGACAGAAGUGAAUUUGAAGACAGUGAAAGUGAAUGCAACGCUGAUGAGGAGGGACAGGAAGAGGAAAUGUCAGGUGAAGAUUCAGAGUCUGAAGAACAAAGUGAAAAAGAACAGAAUGAUACCGAAGAGGGUUCCGAGGCAGUUGGUUCAGUGGGAAAUAUGCUUGAAGGCUUAGCUCCAGUCAUCAUUCAGAGCAGUAGUAAAAAGCUGCUGCAGUGUCCCAAGUGUGACAAAAAAUUUGAUCGAAUAGGCAAAUAUGAGAGCCAUACACGUGUACACACUGGUGAGAAGCCUUUUGAGUGUGACAUAUGUCAUCAGCGCUAUUCAACCAAGUCCAACCUGACAGUACACAGAAAGAAACACUCUAGUGACACUGAUUUUCAUAAAAAGGAACACAAAUGUCCCUACUGCAAUAAACUGCAUGCAAGCAGGAAGACUUUAGCGAAGCAUGUGAAGAGGUUUCAUCCAGAGAGUGUACAUGAAUUUCUUUCAAUCAAGAAAACAAAGAGUGAAGGUUGGAAAUGUGAUAUCUGUAAUAAAUUCUUCACUCGAAGACUUCAUUUAGAAGAGCAUAUGAUCCUUCACUCUCAGAAUAAACCCUUUAAGUGUACCUACUGCGAGGAGCACUUUAAAUCCCGGUUUGCAAGACUGAAACAUCAAGAAAAAUUCCAUCUCGGACCUUUUCCUUGUGAUAUUUGUGGCCGCCAGUUUAAUGAUACAGGAAAUCUGAAGCGCCAUAUAGAAUGUACUCAUGGAGGAAAGAGAAAGUGGACAUGCUUCAUCUGUGGAAAAUCCGUUAGGGAGCGAACAACUUUGAAAGAACACCUGAGAAUUCACAGUGGAGAGAAGCCUCAUCUCUGCAGUAUUUGUGGCCAGAGUUUUCGUCAUGGAAGCUCUUACAGACUUCAUCUAAGAGUCCAUCAUGAUGACAAGAGAUAUGAAUGUGAAGAAUGUGGGAAAACAUUUAUUCGGCAUGACCAUCUGACAAAACACAAAAAAAUACAUUCAGGUGAAAAGGCACAUCAGUGUGAGGAAUGUGGAAAAUGUUUUGGCCGUAGAGAUCACCUUACUGUUCAUUAUAAAAGUGUUCAUCUAGGAGAAAAAGUUUGGCAGAAAUAUAAAGCAACAUUUCACCAGUGUGAAGUCUGUAAGAAAGUUUUUAAAGGGAAAUCAAGUUUGGAAAUGCAUUUUAGGACACAUUCAGGCGAGAAACCCUACAAAUGUCAAAUCUGUAAUCAGUGCUUCAGAAUUAAGAAGACACUAACAAAACACAUGGUUAUUCAUUCGGAUGCUCGACCUUUUAAUUGCCAUCACUGCAAUGCAACAUUCAAACGAAAAGACAAGCUGAAAUAUCAUAUUGAUCAUGUUCAUGGUUCAAAGGCUGCAGAAGAGGCAUUGACAUCAUCCUCAGAGGAAAAGCUAGUGUCCUUACCAGUGCAGUACACCUCUGAUGACAAAGUUUACCAAACUGAGGCUAAACAGUAUGUGGAACAGUCCAAAGCAUAUCAGUCAGAAGACAAAACUUUGCUGCAGAAUGUAUCUACAGAAGUGUGUGUGCCUGUGACUCUGGUACCGGUUCAGAUGUCUGAUCCACAAGCUGAUCUAGUACCGCAUACAGCACAGUCGCACGGCAUGCUUCCUCCGCAGCCUGAGCAAACCGAUUAUCAGCGAGCAACAGAUCUCUCAUUUCUAGAGAAAUAUACUCUUACUCCACAGCCUGCAAAUCUUGUUCAUCCUGUGAGGCCUGAGCAAAUGUUGGAUCCUAGAGACCAGUCAUACCUUGGAACUUUGCUGGGGCUAGAUACAGCUCCUGCUGUCCAGAAUAUUUCAAACAAUGAACAUUCAUGAUCAGACCAUAACAUUCCACCUAAUUUACUAAGCCAUUAGCCAACAGGAGGCUGAUAUGGCAAUUAAGAUUUGUAUUUUAUAUUUUAUUUGGACUCACGAGUCUUCUGCAUAGUUUUGGAUGAACAGGUUUGUUUACAUAAUAUUUGAACAUUUAGGCACAUUUUGAUGCGCAUUGGAAGAGUGUUUCUUGUGAUUUUAAGAGAUUUUAAAAAUCUUAUAGGUGGUCUUUUAAAAACUAUGCUCUGAAAUGUCUUACAAGGAUGGUGGCUGAAAAAUGGAAUCUGACUAUUUAAAAAUACUGUUUGCCUUUCUGCAUCUCACAUUGAGUUAAUGUUUUAAGUGUGAAAGAAAGCAUUCUGGAAGAAUUAAUAAGGACUAUAUCAAAUUCAUUAAAAGUUGCAAGGACAGGCAGGAGUAUUUGAAAACUUUUAUGUUUCACACAAAAUACUGUUUCAGGGAUGUUUGGAGGAGUUUAAAGUGUGCCAGCCUCUGGAGCAUAGUCUAUGAACACAGGAAUUAGAUUCUCCUGAAAAGUGAUUGAGAAAUUUUAUGAAGAUGCUCCCUGCCUAACCUUGGCCUCUCAACUCUUCCAUGAUCUCUAAUACUGAAUUAUGUCAGAAGAUUUAGACAGUGGUAUUGUCUAAUUUACUACAGUUAGUCCUAUAUCAUUUAAAUAUGCUUUUUUUCUCUCGAUUUUUUUCAGUGUUGUUUGUCUUCUAAAGUGUGCCCCACACUCUUACCUUAGAAAGAAAUGGGGGUAUUUGCAAGGUCAUUUUAAUUUAUCGAUGAUCAAUUGAUCAAUGAUUGGCAUGGUUUAUCCUUGUUAGAGCACAAGUUACACCAGGGGCCCACAUUAGCAUGCCUGUUUUCAGGUUAUUUGUGAUUGAGAAGAAAUUUCAAGGCUAUUAUUUCCAGACCAGUACUCAACUUCUAUUUAAAAAACAAAGAGAAAUAAUCAAUAAUUAUAAAUCUUUUGUGAGUUGCUAGUGAAAUUGGUUUGGUUUUCAUUUUCAUGUGCUGUGUUAGAAAACAAACUCAAACUCUGUAGAACAUUUUAUGUCUUGAAUUACUUUUAGCCUUUUGUCUGCUGGACAUAAGGGUUUUUUUUCCCAAAAGAACCAUUCUGAAGUACAAGUCUAGUGUGACUCACUGUGACAUCUACUAUAAUUUAAUCUCGUCAAACUUUCUGGUUUAAGCCUACUUUAACAAUAAUUGUUCUGUGUUUAUUUGGUGAAUAUUAUGCCAAAGAAAGUAUCUGAUGUAAUUUUAUAAUCUUUGUUAUUGUUCACAGGAUUACAUAAUAAGACAAAAUUUUGCCCAGUUUUCCUUAUUCUUAAAUUAUUACCUUAAAGAAACUUUAAAAUGGGAAACUGGUUGUAUGUAUUUGUGGUAUUGUAACUGUUAAAUUUAUCCAUGACCUGAGCACAAGCAAUAUAUGGUAAAAGGCUCUCUUGUUACUGCAGUUCUAUAGACUCUUGAGCAGCAUCAAUCAUUUUAAAUUCUAUUCAGAUACUUUGGUGUUCGAUUCUGUUAAUCCCCAUCUACUUCAGCAUUAAGCAGUUGCAGGAGAGGGGCCAGAGUUGCCUGAAUGUUUGUAUUUUGAAGCUUGCAUCCUAAUGGAUUCUUAACCUAAACACACCAAAGAUUUCUGUUGGCUGUUAAAUAGUGGCAGUUAUAGAAUUUUAAGUGUUACCAAUAUUUAAGGAGGACUUAGCCAAAGAAGCACAAUAUAAGUCCUAAACUUUGAAAGUCCAGUUUCUAAAACAGGACUGCAUAUGUUUAACUGUUCUAUGUUUGUAUCUCUAAAGUAAAAUUUAGAGCUGUGCUCUGGGAAUGUUCAGACUGACAUGCUGUAAAUAUAUCUGGUAAGAGCUGAAUACUAGCAAUUACACAGCAAUAAUGAGGCCAUUGAAUGCCACCUUCUGAAAGGACACUAUCAAGUACUACCCUUCCUGCUUUCUUACUCCACCUUCAUCUCUGUUUCUGUCAUCUUUAUGCUCCAUGGCUUGAAAAUAGCUCUUUUAUGUGUAGUUUUUGAAGUCAACAUGUAUGUGUCGUAUUUAUACAACCGCACGUGGACAUGAAACGUGGUUCCCAGCACUUGUAAUUGUACUGUUGAAAAUAGCCCAACAUCAAUGAUGUCAGUGUAGUUCUCAGACUAAAAAGCCUAACUCUUUGUUAUUUCUUGUCUUUUCUGUCCUACAAUAGAAAGGUAUUGUAUGAUUUUGGUCAAACAGUGGCUUAAAAGUAGUUGGCAACUAAUAUUUUCUUUUAAAGUCAGGUCUUUUCAGAAGGCACUCUAGGAAAAUACUAAGUUGGAAUUUGGAGCAUAUUUACUUGAUAAUGUCCUUUUAAAAAUUCUUUCAUGAUUGUGCCUUUUAUAUAUAUUCUGAAUAAUUUUUUUUCUAGUUCAGUUGAUUAUUCAGAAAACAAUAAGGUCAGUAUCUUCCAAAGGGCUUUGCGCUUUUGGGUGCCCAACUAAAAAGAGACUAUGAAAGGACUCAUUUUUCAGAAAAAUGAGUGCUAUCUGCUGUUUGAGUGGCCAGAAUUACUAGUCAUUCCUGGAAUAAAUGACCUACUAGUUCUUUGGCAUUCUUUUGUUUGCAGAUAACUCUACUAGUUAGUGUUUUUACCUGCUGGUCAGGCUGGAUCAUUGCCAGUUGACAGUUAAAGAAAAUAGGAAAGGCUUAAGUGCUACAUACAUAGUUUUUAUUUUUUUAAUAUCAUGAGUUAUAAUUGUUAUGGCUUUACAUCUAUUUAAAAUUCAUAUAUGAGCAAAGUACUUUUUCGUGGACUAGUACUUCAUUUGGUAGGUGGAAGUAGCUGGUCUCUGCUUGAUGGAGAGCAGUUCCUCUUAAAAGGACUGGACCUGAAGGACAGAGAUCUGUACUUCACAGCUGCAUGGGUCGAAACUCCUUAGGUGUCUGAUACCUCCACUUUGAUAUGUCUAUGUACUCAUCUGAGAGUGCAUGUCCUGUUGAGCUGGAGGGUGCUUUUGUAAUAAAGGCUGUGUUUUAUCUGGCAGUCAUUGACUCAGUUGACUGUUUGUUGCCAAAGAAGGAAGAGGCAGGUCUCUCAAAGAUAACUUUAAAGAAUGAUCAGUGGCACAUUGCAAAAAGUUGCUCUUUUCCAUGUACUGGCUUUUGGGGAGGAGUGAAGUCUGUGAAGCACUCUAAACUGCUCUGUGGUUCUGAGAACUUAGUGCACUCAGCCUGUUUGAACAUUGGAUUAUGUGGGUUUUGCUAAGCCAGUUUCUGGUUGUUGACUGUGUUACUGCCCUUAAUUCUUAAAGUGGAUGGUUUAUUUUGGGUUAUUUAUUUAUAAUGGUAUUUCCUCUUUGAGCACUGACACUUUUCCUACAGAGGUGAGGCUCUCGUGGGUUCUUUUUAUGCUGAUGUCAUGGUUCAGGCCCAGUUUGCAGUCAAGCCCCAUGCAGGUGUUUACAUAACUACCCCCCCUCCCCUGCUGCCCAGUGGAGUAGGAAGAGAAUUGGGAGAAAAAGGCAAAAGUGUGUAGUUUGAGAUAAAGAGAGUUUGACAGAACAGUACAGAGAGACACCAUUUGCCUGGCCCUGGCUCCCAUAGAAAAGCUACCCAAGUCCUGGCCAGCUCCUCCCUUCUGUAGCAGGCAUGUCAGUGUGGUGUCAAAUAUCCAUUGACUGGUUCAGGUGGCUGUCUUGGCUGUCUCUCCUUUCAUCUUGUGAAGGGAAGAAAGUCAAAACCAAAAACUUAAUCAUAUCCUAGCUGAUCCCCAGACAUUAUUUGCUUCCUCUUCUGUACCAUCUACAUCCUGCCCAACAAAUUACAUCAUGAGAUUUAAUUCACUGUCUCUUUUCACCCCAGAUUAGAUCGCCUUGCUGUACACAAUUGGUUUCUCUGUCCUUCUGCCAGGUUGAUUCUAUUCUAUUCUGUUUUCUGACUCUAUUCUCUCUAGGGUGCUAUGUUGUUUUUCAGAGUCCAGGAUGGUGUUCCAGGUGGUGGGAUGGAGCACUGGAUUUGUUUCCAGCCAUUCGGUGAUUGCUUCCUCCAUUGUGAGCACAUGGCAUUUGCCGUGGCAGGUUUGUGGGAGUGUGAUGUAACCAAUCUGCCAGGCUUCCCAGUAUUUGCAUUUCAGCCAUUGCUCCCUAUACCACAGAUGCUUUAAUCUUGUGGCUGGCUUGCUUGGAGCACAGCUCACAUUUAUGGAUAACCUGCGCAAUCAUGUCCUGGGUUAAGUGCACCCCUUGACCUUGCUCAUCUCUAUGUUGCAUCUCUUCCUUGAUGACCCUCAUGUUGCCAGUCUAGAUCUACCUGAACCAUUUUAGUCUUAGAAGCCUGAUCCACUUGUUGGCUAUUCUGAUGUCCUUCAGUGGCACAGCUCUUGGGUACAUGGUUGUGACAUACUUUCACUGUAAAAUCAUAGAACUGUUUCUGUUGGAAAAGGCCUCUGAGAUCAAGUCCAAAGACAUUAUUGAAUGCUAGGUUUUCUACCUGAGCAGCAGUAUCUUGUCAUAAUUCAGCAUCCUGGAUGGGUUUACCUCUGUGCUGCCAGUUGCUUUCCUUCCAUUGCUGCAGCUACUCCCCGCACUGCGUGUGCCACCAUCCUUCUCUGUAGAGACACGGAGCACUGUCUGCCUUUCUUGCUCAGCAGUAUUUGAAGCCAGUUGAGUGGCUUACUCUUCUGCAAUCUGACUUGAUUCACCUUUCCUAUCAGCAGCUUUGGCAACCCAUUAUGUAGGACUCCACACAGCAGACUUCCACCUUCGGUGUUUUCUCACAAUGUGACAGGACCCAUCAGUGAGCAGGGCAUAUUGCUCCUCAUUAUCUGGCAAUUUGUUAUACAGUGGGGCUUCCUCAGCAUGUUUCCUUCUCCUCUGGUGGUAUCCCAAAAUCUUUGCUUUCUGGACAGCUUGUAUUGACUUACAGGAUUUUUGGGUUCUCUGAGCCCGUCGCUUUAUCAGUGCAACCCUCUUCAUGUGGCAUCGUGUGAUGGCUAGAGGAGACCCUUCUUUCGAACAUCCAUCCCAGCACUGGCAGUCAGAAUGCCAGGAGAAGCUGUACUUUGGUGUCAACUACUUCUGAGGCAGCUUGGUCUCCUUCACAUGCUGCCAAUAUCUCUUUUUCAGUUGGAGCGUAGUUGGCUUCAAAUCGUUUGUAUCCCUGAUUCCAAAGUCCCUAGUGGUUGGCCUCAGGUCUCCCCUGGUGCUCUGUCAGAGGCUUCAGGUGGAACCAUUCAUACCUGCUGCAGUGGAGCUUAUUUUUAUAUCUUGUUCUGCUCAAACUGACCCACGGGCUGCUUGCUCGGGUGACACAUCUUUCUUGAAGGAGUACCUAUCCCUUGCACCUGCCAGAAGUCACCUCCAGAGGCUGAGGACUUGUGGCUAUUUUCCCAUUGCUUUGUCAGUCCCCCUUCCCUAGACAGAGAUUCCAGCUGCUUGGCUUCCCUGCCCUUUCAUUCCAUACCCCUCACUGGAGCAGCCAGGUGAUGGUGGCCAAAGACCAAAAUCCUUUCACAUAAUCUCACAGCAGCUCAGGCAUAAAGACCUCUGGCUCUUCCUCCUGUUCUCAUGGUGACUUGGGUUCGUUGUCAGCACUUGUGAAACAAACUAUUUUUUUCAUGUGUUUCCUUUUCUGUACUGGGGCAACUGAUAACCAACACAGGCUGACUUUAUGGUAUAGCUGCAGCCCCUGCUGUUUGAGGCCAGAGUAGCUGAAGUGCCUGUGAGUCUGCCUUUAGGCCCAGAGACCUUCUCUUCCAUUUAAGGGCACACAUAAGUGAUCAGAAGGGCUCCACACAUGGGCCCAUUGGCUGGUUCAGCUGGCUGCCUUGGCGGUGUCCUCACUCAGCCACUUGUGAGGGGAGAAGAAACCCCAAUGAACCAAAACCUUUACACUAUCCCUGGACAGCCAAACAUCAGUAACUGUAAUGGCGCUGAUAUAUGUUCUGUAAAGAUGUGGUUUCCUUAAAAAAGUAGUGCUACUUUAUAAAGUCUGAGAUAUAAUUCAGGUAGUUGUUUAUAAAGAUGGGUCAUGCUAGAAUACAAGGACAAAAAAUGUGUUUGGUAUCAUCAGGGAGCUGAGCUUAUUUCACUACAAACUAACAUGAAAGUGCAUCCAGAACUCUGAAGACUCCUUCAAAGCAGCAGCCUUGUGAUGUGCCUAUCAAACAUGAAAUGUGUUGUGGAGUGCUAAGGAAUAAAUGGCCCUCAUGCUUUUAAAUUUAGAGCAAUUUCAAUGUAGAAGUUCAUGAAUGUAGAAUUAUGAAUGAAUUCUGAGAAGGCUGCUGUAGGUGAGUAGGGUUUUGUGGUCCCCUGAAAACGGUUAAAAAUACAUGGUUUUUUUCUGUGUUGAGCAUACAUGCAUAAGUGAUCCAGAUUGCAUGAUCCUUUUCUGUCUGAAACUUGAGGGAAAUAGAGCACAUUUAUCUGCAGGUCCUUGUAACUGCUCUCACUUGUGCUCUUUUUCUACAAUAUCAGCUCGCAGUGGUUUGGUUGUUUCAGCACAGGCAUUGAGGAAUGACGCUGACAGAACUAAAUGCAGGUCAGUCACUUUGAUCAAGACCAUAAGGAUCUUUUCCAUGGUUCACAAGAAAUGUUUUGGUUUAAAAGGGUCAGGUAGAAUAAAGGUAACCAUGGCAACUUUUUUUUUUUUUUUCAAAUGUCCCAUAAACAUUUUGAUCAUGUUUAAAUAUUUGUCCUUUUAUACAGAAGAAUAAGGUUAAAUAAACUCAAUAUUUUUUUUGUCACUGGUAUAUGAGAUAACAUGUUCUAAAUGUAAUCUGUAGAGGCUGAUAUUUUAGAUGAAAUCUGAAAGUUGUCUUUUUAGAGGAAAUUCUUUACUGUAAGGAAAAGUUAGAAAGUGCACUGUAAAUGUGGAAGUACUGAGUCCUAUGUGUGAUUUUAUUUGUUAUGGAAAUGUAAAUUCUUUUGUCUUAACAUGGCUUGCUUCACAAGACUUCUUGCAGGGGAACUCAUGCUGUCUUGGUUUGGUGUUUUGGUGUUUUGUUUUGUUUUAAUUAUUAUUUUCUUUUUUCAAGCAAGGUGGCGACAUAGUAUUGUUUUGGGGGGUUAAAGCUCAUGACAGGCUUUUUUUUUUCUUCCCUAAAAUCUGCGUGCAUCUCAUUCUUUUAAUUUUAAACUAUUUUGGAAAUUAAAUUUAUUUAGAAAAA